GUUCUGCUUCCCCUACUCCACACCCCCGUCACUCCAACUCUCAUACGCUCUUCUCCAUGACGACCAAGGAAGACCAACUCAAUCCUGCCGCCUCCGCCGCCGUCACACCACCAAUAUUCAUCUCCACUUCUACACUACAGUCGCUCAUAACCCACAAAUCCCUAAUCCACCACCUCCAAUCCACUCUCCCAACUCUCUCCCCCACAAUCCACUCCCCCAUCCGCCAUGCCCACCAAACAAGCCCUUCAUCUUCUCUCCUCCUCAUGCCCUCUUGGUCUCUCUCUCCUUCCCUUCCCUACGUCGGGAUCAAAUUAGUCACUUAUUAUCCCAAUAACUCGACACUGAACUUACCCGGGGUGCAGGCGAUUUACAUGCUAUUCAAUUCUCUAAUUGGCCAACCCUUGGCCUCAAUCGACGCCACUGAACUCACGUAUUAUAGAACUGCUUGUGUAUCGGCUUUAGCUUCGUUCUAUUUGUCGAGAGAGGAUUCGGAAACCCUUUUGAUGAUUGGUGCUGGUUCUUUAGCGCCACAUUUGAUCAGGGCUCAUUUGAGUGUUAGGCCAGGAGUCAAAAAAGUGAUCAUUUGGAAUAGAACCGGAGAAAAGGCAAGAAUUAUGGCUGAGAAAAUGAGCAAUGAGAGUGACUUUCUAGAGGUUCGUUUCCAGAGCAAUGGGUGUAAUUUGGAGGAGCUUGUGAAAGAGGGUGAUAUCAUCAGCUGUGCUACAAAUUCAGAGAUUCCAUUGGUGAGGGGAGUGGAUUUGAAGGCCGGGACACAUCUGGAUUUGGUGGGAUCAUUUAAAAACUCGAUGAAAGAAUGCGACGAUGAGGCCAUAAGGAGGGGACGAGUGUUUGUCGAUAAUGAGGCUGCGCUGACAGAAGCUGGGGAAUUGGUUGGUGCAUUCGAGAGAGGAAUCAUCACCAAGGAUGAAAUUGCGGGCGAUUUGGUAGGAUUGAUCAAGAGGGAGAAGCCGAAGAGGAAGAGUUCUGAGGAAAUUACAGUGUUUAAAUCGGUUGGUUCUGCAGUUGUUGAUCUUCUGAGUGCCCAGCUGGUUUAUGAGAAUUACAUGAAAUCUGGGCAGUGAAGUGAAUGUAUUAGAAUUGAUUGGAUGAAAGCUUCAAGAAUGUGAUGAAUGCAUGCAAUAAAAGAGUAACAGCCUCUAGAAAUGUUAAGAUUCGAUGCAAUAAUGUACAAAGAUUUUGAUGUGAACAUUGCGUUCUUACAUUUAUUCUCUGGCAAUCCGAUUGAGUCGAGCCGAUCAAAUAAUGUGCGUUCUUUGAUAAAAAUAGGCCUGAGAAGGCCUCUUGGUUAGGUAAACAUCAUGAUGUUUUGAGUCGAAGUAUCAAUUUGUGCAAGACAUGAUGAGAUAAAUGAUAAUAUGCAAUAAAUAGUUUGGCGGAGUGUUACCUCA